GGCGGGGCGGGGCGGGGCCGGCGGUGUGAGGCGGCGCGGCGCGGUGCGGUGCUGGGGACGGAGCCCGGCCCUGAGGGGAGCGGCAGCGACGCGUUCCGUCGCCGUACACCUCCCCGAGCCCGGCCGGGGAGCGGUCCCACGGCUCUACCCGCAGCCUGAGGGGUAGGGGAAGGGAAAGGAGAAAAAAAAAAAAAAAAAAGAGAGGAAAUCGCGGGUCCCGCCGCGUGGAGCGGAGAGAGAACGAACGAACGAGCGAGCGGGGAGGCGGCGGCGGCGGCGGUGCCAUCAUGUCGGCGGGCGGGGACUUCGGCAACCCGCUGCGGAAAUUCAAGCUGGUGUUCCUGGGCGAGCAGAGCGUGGGGAAGACUUCCUUGAUCACCAGGUUCAUGUAUGACAGCUUCGACAACACCUACCAGGCAACAAUUGGCAUUGACUUCUUAUCGAAAACCAUGUAUUUGGAGGAUCGAACAGUACGGUUGCAAUUAUGGGACACAGCAGGUCAAGAACGGUUCAGGAGCUUGAUUCCUAGCUACAUUCGUGACUCCACUGUUGCAGUUGUUGUUUAUGAUAUCACAAAUGUCAACUCGUUCCAGCAAACAACAAAAUGGAUUGACGAUGUCCGAACGGAACGGGGCAGCGAUGUCAUCAUUAUGCUGGUGGGAAAUAAAACAGAUCUAGCAGAUAAGAGACAAGUGUCCAUUGAGGAAGGAGAAAGAAAAGCCAAAGAGCUGAAUGUAAUGUUCAUUGAAACUAGUGCAAAAGCGGGAUACAAUGUAAAACAGCUUUUCCGACGCGUGGCAGCCGCCUUGCCUGGAAUGGAAAGCACACAAGACAAAAGUAGAGAAGACAUGAUUGACAUCAAACUGGAAAAGCCUCAAGAGCAGCCUGUCAGUGAAGGAGGCUGCUCCUGCUAAUACCGCGUGGCUUCUAACCUUCUCCAGAACAUCACUGCUUCCCCUCCCUUUACUCUUCAUUGACUGCGGUGUGAAUAUUGGCUUGAACCUUCCCCUUUCAGUAAUAACGUAUUGCAGUUCAUCAUCGCUGGCUGUCUCGUGGAGAUGAUCUUAUUAGCUUCACAAGCACACACACACACACACACACACACACACACACACACAAAGAAAAUGUCGGUGUCUUCAUUAUUUAUAAGAUAAAAAAAAAAAAAAAA